AUGGCGGUCUUUUUACAAGUCUUGGCUUGUAGAUUAGGAUUCAUAAGUGGAAAAGAUCUCGCUCAAAAUUGUAGCUCAGUCUUUCGGUCUCAAAAAAAGCAUACAAAACUAUGGAAAUGGCUUGGGCUCUACCCACUUUGGGUAGUACUUGAAAUUGGAGUAGUGUUUGCUGACGUUGGACAACUACUAGGCUCGGCCAUUGCCUAUAAUCUGCAAGUCAACAAAUUGGUCAUCUUUUCAGAAAAAUACUCAUAUAUUGUCCCUUCAGGUGCGACUAUCGGUCCCCACGCAAUUCUAUUGGGCAGUAACUUGGCCACCGUGGAGAGGGCAGAUGCCGAAAAGUCUGGGACUGAAACCCAAAGAAAGGGUUCAGUGGACUCCCAAGACUCGGAAAAGGGUCUAUGUGACAGGCCACCGCUCAGUCUUGACGUCCGUGUCAAUCACGUAUCGACCAACGAAAAGCAAGAGACAAUCAGCCGAAAUUUUAGAGAUUUGAAAAGCUGCCGUAGUCACCUAUCACAUGCUACCUUUGAUAUUGCAGCAUCUUUGUUUACCUUACCUCUGAUCAUUAAUUCUGCAAUCUUAAUUGUAGCCUCAACAUCGUUUUUUAACACCACCAAUAGAAAAUCGAUGGCAGGGACCAAAGAAGCCAGUAUAGAAUCUGUCCAUACACUUCUAAAGGCUAACCUUGGACCUGCAAUUGCUGGUCUUUUCGCCUUCUCGCUAUUUCUUUCAGGGCAGGCAGCUUCCUUAACCAUCACCAUGACUGGUCAAUCUCUUUCGUCUGGCUUUUUAGGAUGGGAAACAAAUGCUUUACUUCGAAGGCUUGUUACCCGUACAGUUGGAAUUGUUCCAUCGGUGAUCGUCGCAGUACUUUUAGGAAAGAAAGGAAUUAAUGUGAUGUUAAUUGCUAGUCAAGUAGCUAUCAGCCUUGUCCUUCCGUGA